AUGUCUUACACUACUUAUCGAGUUUUAAAACACUCUCAAGUAACUACAACAGCAUGCUAUCGCAGUGCUUCAAGUUUAAGAAUGAGAUAUUCCACAACUUCUACUAAUCCAGUAGAAGAUCACUCACAGAUGUCUAACGUAAAAACGAUGGAUCAAAUCCCAGGACCUAAGGGCUUACCAUUCAUUGGCACCCUGUUGGAUUAUGCUAAAAAUGAUGGAUGGGGAUUUAAAAAUUUUUUUGCAAUGGCAGAAAAAAGACGACAAGAAUAUGGACCAAUCUAUAAGGAGACUAUCGGCAAUAAUCGAAUGGUAGUAGUGUCAACAUCGGAAGAUGCAGAAAAAGUAUUACGUGCAGAAGGGAAAUAUCCCAAUAAAAAAAAUCUAAUUGUACCAAUAGCAGAGUAUCGAAAGAAGCGUAAUUUAUCCAUGGGAGUCCUACUUUCAAAAGAUGAAGAAUGGAAAAAAUUUCGUAGUGUGAUGGACAAGAAAAUGAUGAGACCACAUGAAGUAACAUGCUAUUCUGAUAGAAUCAAUGAUGUCUGCAAUGAUCUCAUCCAACGUCUUAAACGAUGUCGUGGUAACGACGGUAUUAUACCCGAUAUCGAGAAUGAAAUCAAUAAAUAUACAGCAGAGUCUAUUGCAACUGUUCUAUUCGAAAAACGUUUGGGAAUGUUCAAAGAGCCAAUCGAACCUAAAGCUGAACAGUUCUAUCAAUCUCUUACCAAAAUUUUAGAAGCUAUUAAUGAAAUAUUUAUUGUACCUCCCUUCAUUUUCAAGUAUAUUUUUACUAAGCACUGGAAAGAACUUAUUAAAUGGAACGAUAUCGCUUCCGAAUUCGCUGAUGAGAUUAUUGAAGAGAAAAGAAAACAAAUUGAAGAGAAGAUUGCGAGCAAGGAUGAUAUAACCCGAUCGGACGAUCGAGUCGAUUUUCUUAGUUAUGUUAUUGCUACAGGUAAAUUAACUCGAAGUGAAGCCAAUGUAGCCAUGACGGAAUUACUUUUCGGUGGAGUAGACACGACAGCAACAACUAUUCUAUGGACUUUAUAUAAUCUGGGUAGAAAUCCACACGUACAAGAUAAAUUACGAAGCGAGCUAAUUUUGGAAUAUGAAAUAAAAACCAUGAAUCCUACCGAAAAUACUCUAGUUAACAGGCUCGUCAUGGCCGCCAAGGAUAAGAUGAUAAUAGCACUUAAUGAUUUAAAGUAG